AUGGGGGCUGCGAAGGCCACUGUAGCCACCUCGUGUGCGCCAGGCAGCCACCACAUCUUCGUGCACGGUUCCCUGGUUCUGGACGCCUUUACCCUGGGCCACAGUAACAAGCUGCUGGGCGAAGACGAGGGCAACCGUAGCAACUUCUUUGUCCCGGAGCCGAGCCAAGAGGCGGCCCAGAGGAAGGCAUUGUGGCUCAUCCUCACCUGCUCCACCCUGCCACCAGGGCGGCCAGCCUGUCUCUCACUCCUGCCUGGGGCCUUCGCGCCGCCUGGCUCCAAAUCCCAGACCCUCCACCCACCCUCACCGUCCAGUCUGCAGAGGCCGGGAGUGGGGCUAGCUGGGCCCUUGCAGGGUCUCUGGUCUCACACUGUAUCCCCCGUCUCUCUGGACCCAGGCUGUCAUGACAGGGCCGUCCUGCUCUAUGAAUAUGUUGGAAAGCGGACCGUGGACCUGCAGCACACGGAGGUCCCCGACGCCUACCGGGGGCGAGGUAUCGCCAAACACCUUGCCAAGGCUGCGCUGGACUUCGUGGUGGAGGAGGACCUGAAGGCCCACCUCACGUGCUGGUACAUCCAGAAGUACGUCAAGGAGAACCCCCUGCCGCAGUACCUGGAGCGCGUGCAGCCGUAACCUCCGCCUCCAGGCGGAAGCACUCUGCCUCGGACCUUUCAUCCGGCCUUCGCUGACCACCGUGCCCUCUCAGGGAACCUCGGCCCUGCCAGGACCAGACUCAUUCUUCUGUAUAAGGGUGCCUCUCCGGCCCGAUCGCCAGACCACCGGGGUGCCCAUUUGUUUUCACAGGAGGCCCAGGACACUCUCCCUACCACUGUCCUCCCCACCUCCUGGCCUUGUCCUCCCCACCACACAGGCUCCCUCCACAAGCCAGGCCGGCCCCUGGCUCCCCGUUGCCUGCAGAGGGGCAGGGGGUAGGGAUGGCAGGCUGAGAACAGCUGUGCCAAGAGAGCGGGGCUGGCGCAGGCUGCGAUGGAUGGGAGCCGGCUGACGUAGUGAAGAGGGGGACCGGGCAGCAGGGGUCGUAACGUGCUCACUGUAGAGGCUGCUCCAGCCUGCUCUCGCCUGUGAUGGGUGUGCCGGUGAGGGCCAGGACACAGCGUGGACAGAGAUGUGUCUGCGGCCAGCCUGGGGAACUCCCCUGCUGGUCUUGGCUCUGGGCUUCCUGGGGGGGCGAGGGGUGAACCAUGUACCAGCAGGAUGGUUGAGCCGCUUCCA